AAUUCGCGUCGCAAUGUUCGUACAGUUAAAUCGUUUACCGUCACGCGUAGAUAAAUGCAACGUUUCUUGUGCUAGAUUAGAGAGUUCGAUAAAUCGUCUGUACUAUUCUCAACGGUAUUAGCGUGUCGCACAAUUGCAUGAAAAUGGCCGGUGAAACUCCGGUGAAUCAGUGAAAUCGGUCACUGCUAAUUACCAGGGAAAAAAUCAGUUUCUCGUUGUCAUUAAUUAAAACAAAGUGUCGAGAGGAAAAUCGCGGCGCGGAUCUUUUGUUUAGUAGUCGAGGACGUGCGCUAUUCGAUCCAUUAUUUACACGUGCGCGCGACGAGCUAUGUUUAAUGGAUGAAAAAAAUGCGUCAAACAUGCUGCCACUAUGUUUCCGAGAUCACAACUUCUGAUACCGUGACCGUGUUCAGUGGAAUCUUUUAUGUGCUUUUACAAUUCUAACUUGCCUUCUCGGGGUAUCUUUCGAUGUCGCCAUAGAGAUUUUUAUUUGCAUAGUUUUGCAAACGUAAUAAUCGAACGGCAAGCAUCAGGUUUAUGGCUCUUAAUCGAUUUUUAACGACGAUUAAUACGUUGAAUGUUGCGAGAAUCGAUGCUGAUCAACACCAGACACCACGCGGACUAUCGACGAUCCAUAGGAAUCCGUCGAAUUUGAAAUUUGAUUUCUUCUCUCCCAAGAACAAUACAUUCUUUUUGUCAGAAAUUUUGUCGCACUUUGUUACGGGUUAUUAUCUGAAUUGAAUAACUGGCAAGAAUCAAUGAGUAACAAUAUUGAAUAUGUAAUUACCGUUGGGAUACAAUUCCUUUUCCUAUUGACAGUGAUGAAUAUUCAGUGAAAAUAUAAACGCAAUUAAAAAGGCAGCAUUAUUAUCCACCUAAUUUGUGAAUUGUCACAACGUAUACGUUAAUGGCAGCGAGAAUGUUAAAUAAUUUAUUUUCAAAUUUUGAAUUUUAAAUUAGAUUACCAGCGAUUUUGAUUUAAUCUGCUUCAAAUCUUAUGCCAAUCAGAUUUUGUGAAAACAUUUCGCUAUCGUUGGUGUGAAAAUAUAUCGUUCUAUAAACCAAAUGAUAUAGAAACCGUGACAUGCACAAUUCUCCUAACAGCUAACGUAUUAAUUUGCGAGAGUAGAAAUAUCGUUUGAUCAUUUGCAAGCAUUGGUUACGUAUAUCAAUCACGCGACAGGCAUCGAAAGGAAAACACGAUCGCAGAUUUCCGACGACCUUGAGCGUCUCGGUUGCUACUCAGUGGACGUUUGUAGGAAAGUGACGUCUUCGCGCGAGCAUACCUUUCCAUAGAUGUUACCUCCACCACAAAGUGGACCCGCGCGAUCGUGAUCGGGAUUGUGUAUAGGAAACACUGCCAAUCCCUUCGUCGCGAGGACUUUGCGAGGGAUCGAAGCAUGGGCCGCACAGGAUACACGUGCAUCAGGCACGUUUUCUGCUCCCUCAACGUUCUCAUUUGGUUAUGCGCUUGUGGAAUUUUGGGUGCAGGCCUGUGGCUACGAUUGGCUUACUCCGGAUACACGACCUUGGUGCCGCACUACAGUUUCGCGUCAGCUGACUCGUUGCUGUUGGCCGCCGGAUGUGUGACCUUCGUCAUCGCCUUCUUCGGAUGCUGUGGUGCAUGGUUUCAAUCGAGAUGCAUGUUAAUCACGUACUUCUUUUUGGUAAUACUGAUGUUCCUCGGUGAAUCCAUGUUGGGUACUCUGGCCUUCAUCUUCAGAGAACAUUUAUCGAAGAGCUUGAAGGAUGAGCUUCUUUUCGGUAUCGAAAAACAUUAUAAUCUGACCAGGGAACCUGGUACUCUUCCUGCUAUAUGGGACCAUAUACACACAGAGUUCCAUUGCUGCGGUGUACGAGACUAUACGGACUGGUUCCGGAUCGAUGCAUGGCCGACGGAAGACCGCGUACCCGAUUCCUGUUGCAUACAGAGGGAACGAUAUUGCGGUCGUCUUGGCCCUGGGGAACGAAACAAGGAACAUUGGUACCAAGAAGGUUGCGCAACAGCUAUUCAAAUGUGGCUAGUUACUAGGCUUCACGUGGUCGGAACCGUUGGUCUUGUUGUGGCUUUCCUUCAGCUAUUCGGACAGGUGGCCAGCAUGAUCUUGUUCUGCACCGUCAGGCACAAGAGAUCAUCUCACACGUACAAGAGCUACGAUACUGCGAACACCUAGAAUUUCAGAUGGAUCUUAGACGAAACCAGUGUCUAAGAUCCAUCGAAUCCAACCAAUUAUAUAUUACACGUUACAUUCGCGAUGAUCACGAUCUUCUUCGUGAAACGUCUGAAGAAGAUUUCGAUUGUCGCAUGCGCUACUCCUCGAGCGAGAUAUGGAUCCCUGUAAAUUUCCUUCGUUGCCUUCGAUGCUAUUCCGUAAUGCUAAGAGGCUAAAAAGACUCCUUUUCUAUCGUAGAAUUUGAGUAGGACCAGUGAUCACUGCGAAUCAUCGCGACUCUGCGUAAGCGUCAAAGAUCGUUACGAAGAUCGUGAAAUUUCUGCUAAUCCGCGAAAGAGAUAAUAGGACGAGUUGAUAAACGAGCACGGCUUCAAAGAUGCACAAGAUACGCCAUUACUUGGCUCGUUACAUUCGAUGAAUGAUUGCUUUUCCUAAAGGACCAGCUUGACGAGUUUCUAACAAAAUACCUUCGAUUUAUAGGAAUAACGACGACAUACUGUCGAGGACGGUUCGACGAGCGACUACUAUCACGACAUCAUUUUAAUCGACUUUUGAUCGUUAGAACGCUAGUAUGUGAGAGAAUUUUAUAUCGUAGAAUGCGAAUGUUUUAUGUUACCUUGCAUGCGAACCUGUUUAUUCACUAGAGAUAACGUUGAUCGCACGCGGAGAUUACCAAAAUUACGUUUCGUACAACGAGGCUAUGUUCGAUGAUUUUUUUGUCAAUAUUUUAUUACCUUCCAUUUGUUAAAAAGCUGCCUGGUUGUGCGAACGUGAGCAUUAUUUUUACUCGUUAUCGUUUAAGAUCGAAUCGACACACCCGUGGAACCUGCAAUUUCUAAGAUUUUCCUUUCGCUUAGCUUUAAAUCCUCGGGUGUGUUGGUCGCACGUUUUUACCGUAUCUGAUCGUAUACAUCAUCAUCGCGUAGUUGAUAAUUUAACAGCACUUGAAGUCUAAUAUUUGUUUUAAAGAAGCGUGGUUUCGAGUGCAGCUUGUUACGAUAUUGCAAAAGUCGUUUACAUUGCAUCACGCUACAAGAUGUUCGACACGAAGUUCGUUACGUUGUACGUACCUAUAUCGUUCGAAUAAUAAAUAAUAUAUUUAUGCGACAA